AAUGCUGUGUUUCAAAACUGCUUCUAUGUCGGGAACACCUUCAACGCCAUGCUUUACGGGGUCGAGCUCAUGCUCUACUUCGCGAGCACGACGAUUAUUCUCCGGAAUAAGGAUCCGAGGAACGCGAAGAGCUUCCGGCUUUUCCUGUACCUCAGCACCGGCUUGCUGCUCAUGAUCACGAUAUACGUCGCGGUGCAGGCCGUGUUCGGGCAGGAGAUGUGGAUCGUGCACGCUGACUACCCCGGAGGCUCGGGCGCAUAUCUCGCCGAUAACGCCGCGGUAUGGUACCAAACGUUGGGCAGUGCAGCGUCGAUCGUGCUCAACCUUAUGAGCGACGGACUACUGCUCUACCGGUGUUACGUCGUUUGGGAGGACUGGCGUCCCAUCAUCUUCCCUAGCUUCCUGUAUCUGGGUACCGCAGCACUUGGCAUCAUGACUUGCGUGUUCACCGGCAUCCCGAACUCGAAUUUCUUCGUUGGCAAAGCUUCAGAGGUCGCGCUUGCCUACUCCUCCGUCGUCAUCGGGCUCAACGUCACGCUCUCGCUACUUAUUUGCGGCCGCCUCCUAUGGCACGCGCGUACGAUCGAGCGCUCCCUCGGCCGGCACGUUGCGCGCAAGUACACCGGCGCGGUCGCACUCAUCGUCGAGGCCGCGCUGCCGUACACGCUGUUCGGCAUCCCGUAUGUUGUCACGCUCGGCACAGACAGCCCCGUCUCGAUUUUGUUCCUCUCGAUCUACGUCAUGUUCACCUGCGUGUCGCCGCAGAUGAUCAUUUUGCGCAUCGUGAUGGGUCGUGGUUUCACCAAGUCAACCGCGACG